UCAGCACCGCAGGUCGUUAACAGCUCCAACAGCACCAGAGGAGAGCGGAGAUUUGAAGAGCCCCUCCCCGCCCAAGGAACAGCCAGAGCGGGUAGAGUCCAAGCGCAGCCCUGUUGUCAGUUUCAGCACCACCAGCAGGGAAGAGCAGAGCUGUCCAAACAUCCAGCAGUUUGUGACCGUUAUCGUCGGUCGGAUCAUCCACACAACACAACACCCCCAAGACAGCUAUAACCGGUAGUAAUCCAGCGGAAAAUAGCCUACAGCCACCGAUUGAGUGGAUCAUUUAUUUCAGAAUGGCGUCCAAAGGAAUGGGAGUUCUCCUUCUGCUCGGGAUUUUUGCUGUGACUGUCUCCCAGAUUUCUGCUUUCCCCACACCUGCCGAGGAUUUUUACAACAGACGACUGACUGAGGAGAGACCAAUCCAGGAGCAGAUUGCAGAGGCAGAUGAUGUGAAAGCAGCACCAGCCAGGCCCAACCCUGUGAAGGAGGCGGAACCAGAGCAAGAGAACGAUGACUUCACCCUGCUCAAGUCCCUGGCCGAAGGUCAAAGGUCAAAAGAGACCAAUGAGACGCCGGUCAGAGAGAGCCUGGAGGAGGUGCCUUACUUCCCAGACGAAUCAGAUUCCACCAAGAACCGCCGGCUAGCCGAAGACUAUGACUCAACAAAGAUGGAAAACGGCAAGUACCAAGAUGACCCAGAGAGCUUCAGGCAGGUGGAUGGUACCCCUCUAACGGCUGAAGACAUCGUCCAGAAGAUCGCUACUAAGAUAUACGACGAGGACGACAGAGGGGUAUUUGACAGGAUCGUCUCCAAGCUGCUCAGACUGGGCCUGAUAACAGACAGCCAGGCAGACAGUCUGGAGUACGAGGUAGCCGAGGCUCUUCAGGACCUCAUCACUAAGAACGCAAAGAACAAUGAGAUCGAGGACCUGGGAGUGGACUAUCCCGUGACCCGGGCUCUCUCCUCCCAGGAUGUUACUGGUUCCCCCAACCAUCGGUACGAUGAAGAAGAUGAUGAUGAAGAUCAGGCGGCCAUUGAUGACGACAGUGAGAGAGAAGGGGAGGAGGAGGAGAGGAGAGAGGGAGAGAGAGGUGAGGGAGAAGGGGAGGAGAGGAGUGAGGGAGAGAGAGAUGAGGGAAACGAGUUGAGCCCAGAGGAUGGUCUUCAGGACCUUCAGUACUUCCCCAACUUCUACCGUCUGCUAAAGAGUCUAGACUCAGAGCAAGACGCCCAGGAGAGAGACACUCUGAUCACUAUCAUGAAGACUCUGAUUGACUUUGUCAAGAUGAUGGUGAAAUAUGGAACCAUCACACCUGAAGAGGGAGUCUCCUAUCUUGAGAACCUGGAUGCUAUGAUCGCUCUGCAGACCAAGAAUAAGCUGGGGAAAACACUGGGGAUCCCUGGCAUCAUCCCUCCUACAGGGAAGACCCCAGAGGACGAUGACAACACCAAGGCAGAGGCGGCCAAGAUGCAGAAGGAGUAUGAGAACCUGAAAGACUCAACCAAGGAAGAAGCGCCGUCCACUGAGGUAGAUCACCCAGGCAAGUCUGAGAUCUACUUGGAAGCCAUCAGGAAGAACAUUGAGUGGCUGAAGAAACACAACAAAGACGAGGGCAAAGAUGAUUACGACCUGUCCAAAUUGAGGGACUUCAUGGACCAACAAGUGGACUCCUACAUUGACAAGGGCAUCAUCGAGAAGGGUGAGGGAGAGACCAUCAAGAGGAUCUACGGCAGCCUGUAACCUUCAACCAACCUUCAAAUAACCAACAACCAACCUUCAAACACCUACGACCAACCUUCAAAAAACCUAAUGGAAAUGUAUGACGAUUGAUAAACCUAUGAAUAGGGCCUAGAGUUGUUCCUGUUCUGGUAACAUGGUUUGGAAAAACUCCUGGCUUUAUGACUCACUCACACUGAGCAGAAUCCAAACUUGACAAGAUGAUCCCUGAAAGUAACUGACUGAUUUUGGUGUGAAUUCUUGCCUUGAUGUCAGUGGGAGUUUGGUGUGAAAGUUUGAGUUCAGCGAGUGGAUCUCAAGUUAGGAUUCGGCCUCUAUGAGAUGAAAGGUAUGACCUUUAUGUAUUAAAAAUAAACAAUUUAGGCAAAAACAUAUUGUAUUUGACAUUUCCAGAAAGCUGGAAUGCAAUAAUGGUAAUAUUAUCACUGAAAGUAUAUAUUCAACUAUACAGCUAGAAAACAAUCAGCAAUAGUCCGAUGUCACUGAAUGGCACUGACUCGAUUGGGAAGGGGAAAUACAAUAGUUAUUCUGUCAAAUCAACUGACUGACUGAUCUAACUUACUAGAUGACAGCUUUGACUACCUUGAGGAGUGAAAUGUUGACCUACUGAGGGGGAAUGAGUGUUCAACCAUCCCAAUGGACACACACUGGUUGACUCAACGUUGUUUCCACGUCAUUACGUUGAACCAAUUUGGAAUAGACGUUGAAUUGACGUCUGUGCCUAGUGGAAAGGCUGUGUCCCAAAUGGCAUACU